UUUCUAUGAAACGAUGUCGCUUCAAUGGAAGUUCAAUCAAAACUAAAAGUCGCUUCGACCUCGUCCUCUUCCGUCUCCUUCCUCCCCGGUCCUGUGAUCGCUAAACAACCACACAGAUUGGAUUCCCUCUAUCUAUCGAUCAUUCAUUAUCUUACAAUGAAGAUUUUCUCUCUUUUCCUAAUUUCCUCAUUCCUCUUCUCAUUUUCUAGGGCUGAAUCUACUGGAUCCGUUUUCUUCAUCGAUAGUUCAACUCAUCAAUUUCUUCGCACUAAAUCCUCCAACCAUGUCGCUCAGCCGGAGUCAAUGCUGUUAUCUGAAGUUGGUGCGACCGUAUCAGUCUUGCUUGGUUUUGCACCAUCCACUACGCUUUCAGCUGCUGGUUCGUCUAAGCUGAACGAGGUUCUCAUUCCUAAUCCAUUUGAUAGACCUCGUGCUGUUUUUAUGCUUGCAGUUAGUGGAGUCGAUGAUCCGCUAGUUGUUGAACCCAAGAAUGCCCUCUUUAUCAAAGCCUUGAAGAAUAGUGUUGAUCUUGGUUCAAGUAAAGCUGACAUUCAGCUUCCAGAUGAAGAGGAAGUAUCUGUGAUUUCUUUGGACGAGCCUCUAGGAGAUUGCACGGAGGAAGAGAUCAAGGACUUUGCGUCUUGGUUGGGUGGAUUGUAUGUCACUGAUGCUACGAAACCUCUGCAUGGAGUAUUGACAAUUCCCUUGGCAAAUGGUGACAAUGUGAAUCUUCAUAUGUCAAAGAAAGUACACAGGGAAUUUGCAUCAAAACUGUUUGCUCUGUCCCUCAAUGUAAGGAAAGCCUUGGAGAUACAUGAAGAUUUGUCACAGAGUUUGCAUAGAUCUGCUGAGUUAAUAAUGGGUUCUUUUGAUGGAGUUAAGUCUUUGCAGGAGCACCAUGACUCUGACGGUGUUGAUAAGCAAGGAAUGAGGCUUCUGCUUGCCACACUUUCCAAGAUAUUUGAUUCACUGCAGACAGCUUAUGAAGGUCAAAUUGUUGGAGUUAUUGUCUUUAAUGGGGUACCUCUACCAGAAUCAAAAAGACUGAUGAAUGUGAUGUAUACCUCUCGUCCAUCUCUGCGUAGGUUGGCUGAAACAAAAAGCUAUGAUAAUAUCACCCUUGCUGCACAAGUGUUGGUUAGAAGGACCCUUGCUUGGGUGACUGGAGUUGUUCUUCUCAUUGCAACUCUCAUGGGGGUUUACUUCCUUCUCAAUAUGCCACUGACAAGGGACACACUUUUGUAUUCUAAUGUCAAGCUAGACUAAGCUGAAAUAAGGCAAA